AAAAGAGCAUGUUCCCUUGCAGGCUUUUGGUUGUUUGGGAAGGGGGAAGUAGUUUAACAUUAAGUUUAGACUAAUCUUAUUUGGCUGUUUGGUAACACUGCACGAGUACUUGGAAGAUCUUUUUCCAUUAGGUAGAUUGUCCAGUGGUUAAAAAAAGCAGAGGAAAACCACUGCUCUUGACCUCUAUGUGCUGUACAUAAGCUCUUUUGCGUGCUGAUCUCUGUGCACAUAGUUCUGCCCCGAGCCUUGGGUGGUCACCCAAGCCAUGUUGAUUUGGUGUGGUAUUUAAAACUCACUGUAUCCUGCUUCAGAGAGACUGUAACCACCUUCCCACCUCGCCAGCCAGGCAGUCUGAACAGUUUCCUGACUUGGCCUUAAUCACUCAUUAAAAAUAAAACUUUGAGGCUUGUCAGUCUUGCUGCACUGAAAAGUCAGGAGUGAUUACAUACCCUUGUCCUGUUGGCUGUUUGUUUGGCACCACCGUGGUACACAGAUAGGAAUCUGCUGUCACAGUUGUUCAGGUAGAGAAGUAUCCAGCUGGCCUUAUUUUAUGAGCAAAGAGAGCCGACACGUGGGCAAGCAGUGGUGAAUUUGGGAUGGCUAAGUGGAUAUAAACCAGCUCCACUCUGGCACGUUCCCCAGAGCCAGUGGGAAGUCAUCUUGCAUUUAUCACUGGUGUGGGUCGGCCAUGUAGCUGACUCCCCGCGGAGCAAGAAGACGCAAAGCCGGGAGGCUGAGAUGUGCUGUGUUUGCUGGCAUGCUGCUUUUCCUCCUUCCCACGUGCUUCUGCAGGGCUAGCAGCACUAGCAUUGCUUUGAAGAGCUGUGCUGCAGGAAAAAAAGUCUCUUUUGGGGACCUCUCACCUAACCUACCAGCUAAGCUGGCUGUACUUUGAGCUCAGAUAAGCAUCAGGCUACCUUUUGAAGCACCGCUUGUUGGAUUGCAGCCAGUUCCUGACUUGGAGGAGAAGCACCGAGGAGUGAAGAAAGCUUUUUGCUGCUGCGGGCCAGCAUAUUGUGCAGCUGGAGCUGUGGAAAGAGUGAGGAGGCAGUCCCCAGCCCAGGUUUCUGAUCCCUCUAAUCUCCAAGUUUCGUGUCCAUUCUGCCUGAAUCGUAGAUGAGCAACCUGGGCAAGUGAAAGGUGUCCCUGCCCACAGCAGGGGGCUUGGAACUAGAUCAUCUUUAAGGUCCCUUCCAACCCAAACCAUUCUGUGAUUCUAUGGUGGCUGUACCAAGGCAGGGCACCCUUUCUAAAUCACAGUCUGGCCCUAUAGGCAUAGUGAUAGGGGAGCAGUUGAUGUGGAACAACCUCUUGCAGGAGCUUUCUGCCUAAUGGCUCCACAGGAGAAUGAGAGUUACCUUGGGAGUCCUCAGCGUUCCCCAAGUUAUCCAAGUAUUUGGGCUCUGCCUCUUGGAGGAGAACUUGCUGGCAAAGCAGCUUACGACAGCACGUUGGUUCUCGCAGUGCCUUGUAGCCAUUUCCUGGGAGCUUUAGUCUGGAGCUGUUCAAGAGAGACGUUGACAUCAGCAUAAGUCUGAAAUUCCUCCCUGGUUCUCCGCUGUGGUUUUGCUCACCUGGAGAGCGUGUUGAGCUGUCGUCCAACCGCAGGGCCUGAUCCUCGAAGUGAGCAUUUUGACCCAGCUGCGAGUCAGUGCCCUGGAUGUUCAGACCCAUCCACGGUUGGUGCAUGAGUGUGGUAAGAGAACUUCAUUUUGUAGUGGAAUACGUCCAGGUGCUGGAGCUUUAUGAAUGUUCCUGUGUUUGCAGCACCAAGGAAGAUUGACAGCCUUUCAGUUAGCUGAUUUUUAAUUUAAAAAUGUGCUUCUCUUCAGAGAUCUUUGUCAACCCAAGAAGUGAUUACUCCAGGGCUAUUGCUGAAAUACCAGCAUUUUUGAAGGUCAGCAUCUGCAUGUUGGUCUCAGCGUCUUCCAGUAUUGGAACAGAUGUGUCCCUUUUCAUUGUGUCACUCUUUUAUGGAUGUACACGGUUUUUUCUGUUAUCACCCAAAGGCUUUUCGUCCAUACGGAUUUUAUGCAGUCCUGCUUUACUGUCAAAGGCAAUCCUGGAUCUUGACAUCUCUGUAUGGAAAGGGUGAACUGCAGCCACUCUGCUGCUCAAACUCCUCCUAAGCAUUGGCUUUUCAAGGGUUUAGUGUGAAUAUUGUUUUAAAAUGUUAAGUAUUUACAGCCAGUCCAGCACACAGAAUCACAACUGCUCAGGCUGUGACCUCAGCUUCAUGCUCCAGGCUGUGGUGAGAACCCAGAAUCAAGAGCCUGUCCCUUGGUACACUUCAUGGAGUGCUCACAUGCAGUUCUGCACAUUGUAUUUAUCGGGGUGUGCUGUAUCCGACUAUGGCAAUAAACCUGCCCAAGUGUUUAUGCUGGCUUGGGAGGUUUUUUUACUCCUGGCUUACUCUUUAAAUUGGAAUUUCAUUUUUACAUGGAUGUUUAUGCUUGCUUUGUCUUUUGUAUUUGUGAAAAUAAAUACAGAGCAAGUCAGUAUUAUUGGAGCAAUGUUAGUGCUUUAUCACUGCAGGUGACUUACAUUUCAAAUAAAGGAGGAGAUAAUAGUUUGCACUUGUUUCUGUGUCAGGAAAAGGAAAGGUAUGAACAGAGCUGCUCUUGGCCUGGGCACUUUGUGUCUCUAGUAGAACGAGACUGGGGGGGACCUUGAAGAGUUGCAAGAAGAUGUGGCAGUAGCCUAGGAAAUGAGAAGUGCAGGGAGAGGAUGUUUGUGUCCUUUCUUGAAGAACAACUGUUUAAUUUGCAAAGCUUGAGACCAAGGACAGUGUGAAAGAGGGGAUUGUUCCUUGCCUGGGUGAAUGCAAAGAUGACAGAGAAGAAUUACAAAUCUCUAGCACAGGAGCUGCUUGAGCGGACAACCUAAUCUCGUCUCCCUGGAUAUCAAGUGCAGCUUAAAUGCUGAAGUGUGUGAACGAAGAGUUGACCAAAACCUUACAGGAUUCAUGAAUAAAAUUUUCCAUCCCAACAUUGACGAAGCGUCAGGAACUGUAUGUCUAGAUGUAAUCAAUCAAACUUGGACAGCUCUCUACGAUCUCACCAAUAUAUUUGAAUCGUUCCUGCCCCAGCUGCUGGCCUAUCCUAACCCUAUAGAUCCUUUAAAUGGUGACGCUGCAGCCAUGUACCUCCACCGACCAGAAGAGUACAAACAGAAAAUUAAAGAAUACAUUCAGAAAUAUGCAACAGAAGAAGCACUAAAAGAACAGGAAGAAGGCACCGGGGACAGCUCGUCUGAGAGCUCCAUGUCUGACUUCUCGGAAGAUGAGGCUCAGGAUAUGGAGUUGUAGUAGAAGAGGCAACCUGCUUUUCAGAGAGACUCUAAUUUCCUAACCAUGAGAAGCAGACUAUAAUAUUCAUAUUUAAACAAAGCAAUUUUUUUUAUUACUAAACAAGGUUUUUAUGAAUAAUAGCAUUGAUAUAUAUAUAUCACCCUUUAGAUCUUGAUUUUCUUGGUCAUUUCUCGAACCCGAGGUGCAUAGCAUAUUCCCACAUUCCAUUUUGGUAGCAAUAUGCAGCCCGAAUGCAUGCAUUCAAAUUCCAUUUGGCCAAGUCAACUUGUGUGCUACUGAACUGUCAGCUAAAACAGCUGCCCUGGUAGGUAGGGAGUUAGCAAAAUGAUGUUUGCUUUCUUAUUGAUGUUUCCAAAGACGCCACCUUGGAUGCUAACAUGGAACAGCGUUUUCUCAAAGUAUAAAAUCUGGGGGAUGAUAUACUAACUGAGUAGAUCAGACAGUGGAAUAAAAGGUGCUCCUUCAGGUCAACCUUGCUGAUCGUAUUUUAUGUGGAGUCACAUUAAAAAAAAAAAAAAAGAAAGAAAAACAAACAAUACAAAUGCAUGGAGCUAUUCAGAGCAUUGAAGCUUAAAAAUUUUGACUUGGAUUUUAAGUCCGUUUUUAUAUGUGGACUCCUGCCUGCCCUUCUGAACUGUAGGGACUGACAACCACUGGUCUAUUUGCUUUUGGGACUUUUGAAAGCCUUCAUCUGGAUGUUACUCACUUUCUUGGUCUGGAUUACGAGCUGUUCCCUUUUCGGGAGGAAAAAAAAAAACCACCACAAACGAUGCUCUCUGAACAGUGCUUUGAUUUAGCUGGAGCACAUGUGAAGUCAAACUCUUACUUUGUCAUAGUUUUGAAACUGCUGCCCUUUAAUGGCUUCAAGUUUGCUUUUUUUUUUCUCUUGCUUGAAGUAUGGUUAAACACCUCGCAAACACUCUCCAUCUCCUAAGAGGGUCCUCUGACCAGAUGGAUUAGCCUUGCCGAGAGCUUCAGAUCCACGACGAUUGGCCCAUUGGCUGUAGUCCACGAAUCCAUCGGCACUGAUUUUAUUUUCCUUUUUUCCUCCCCCUUCUGCACCAGCUUGGUAGCCAUCUGCUUGUGUGUGUACAACAGGAUUAAAAUUUCUUAAAAGUUAACAAAGAAUAUGAUCUAGAAAAAUUUGAGAUGAAUAAAAAAGCCUAAAAGCACCAACUGAGGAAGCAAGUGAAUCUGCUCUGUUUUGUUUUGGGUUGUUUUGUUGUUUUUUUUUCCAGGAUGCUUGUGAAUUGAAAUGUUUGAUUUCUCCUGGUGUCUUUCAGCAAGCUGAGAUUUUUGUUUGUUUGUUUUAAAGCUAUGAAAUCUAAUACAGUAAAUGUCUACCUGGGAUGCCGGUAUACUUCAAUUUGGAUAAUUGUGCAUUGGAGAUUCAAACUAAGAUGGAUUUUUAAGGCUGAAUGUUACCUGCUGUAUUCUUUUGGGGUUUGGAGGGGUUUGGACAGGAUGUCUUUAUUUGUGGUGCAACCUACAGGACAGUGCAUGGAAAAAUCAACCCACCCUGAGCAACUCUCGAGCAGAGUUUUGAAUGUCAGACUGGUACAUUUGUCAUUUUCCCAGAAUUGUUUGUUUUCUUUUUUUCUUUAGAAAUGCCACCAAGUUUUGAGUCAUUGGGGUUGGAAGGUUACAAUCCUAUUUCUAAUUCAUAAAGCACAAUCAAAUUUUUUUUUCUUUUGGAAAACAAAGAACAAACCUCGUAAAGUACCAUUUUGCUUUAGCAUGAUUUUCCUUAAUAAAAAUAUACAAAGAAUUUCCUUUAUGUUAAUUACGGGCAUGAAGCAAAGGUUUUUCCUCUCCUUUUUCCCUUUUUAUUUUAAAGCAGUAAUGUUAGGGCUGUGGCUAGUGACUGUGCUGAAGUUCUCUAUCUAGCAUUUGUGGCUUGUCGGAAGGGUAAUAUUAACUAUUUAACAUGUAAUGGUGUACUUAACUCUUAUCUAGCACGCUGUUUUUCUCAUUACUUUGGGGAGGGAGGGGCCACGUUUUGCUGGCACUGUUUAACUUGCUUACCUGCUGACCUAGCAGUUUGCUUGUGCUAUAACCUUUACUGUAGGUGCUACUUAGGAGUAGAGUAAGUGCUGGGUGGUGAUAUCAGUUUAAAAG